AUGCCUCCAUUCACACCAACUUGCCUCUCUCUAUGCGUCGCCACAGGAACCUCUCUCGCAAUAUUCUGGGUGGCAGCAUGCCGGGGAUGUGGACUUCACUCACCAGCCUCACUGCUCUGUAAGCCCAGCACGUGCCAUGUGCAUGCAUGGUUAGCAGCAGCAGUGGCGGCAGGUAGCAGUGGCGUGGCGGCAGUGGCGGCAGUGGUGGCAAGAAGAGGCAGGACGAGGUGUGAGCUGCUCAAGAACGAGACUCCGUAUGCAACACGACAGGAGUACGUGCACAGGAGGGCUAUUGCUGUUCAGUCACUCCCUGAUGUGCUCCAUCUCUCCAACCUCUUUUCCAUUCUCCCCUCCUCCCCCCCUCUUAUCUCCCUCCUUCCCCCUCUUCCCCCACCCCUUACGCCCUCCUGCUCGGCCGCACCUGCACAAUCUCUUCACUUGUUUCCGUCUGGGUGGCACAGCGAUCUAUCGUACAACAAGCUGGACGGCGAUCUUAUGACGUUUAACGUGGAGGGCAUGGUCAAUCUUGCACACCUUCGCCUCAACGACAAUGCGUUUCUGGGUGCUCUGCCAGUACAACAACUCACACAGCUCGCAAGCCUGAGAUCGCUGUCAGCACCACCACCUUCCUUCCCUCCCUCCCUCCCUCUCUCCCUCUCUCCCCCCCCUCCUCCCUCCCCUCCCUCCCUCCCUCCCUCCCUCCCUCCCUCCCUCCCUCCCUCCCUCCCUCCCUCCCUCCCUCCCUCCCUCCCUCCCUCCCUCCCUCCCCUCCUCCCUCCCCUCCCCUCCCCUCCCUCCCUCCCUCCCUCCCUCCCUCCCUCCCUCCCUCCCUCCCUCUCUCCCUCUCUCCCCCCCCUCCUCCCUCCCCUCCCUCCCUCCCUCCCUCCCUCCCUCCCUCCCUCCCUCCCUCCCUCCCUCCCUCCCUCCCUCCCUCCCUCCCUCCCUCCCUCCCUCCCUCCCUCCCUCCCUCCCUCCCUCCCCUCCUCCCUCCCCUCCCCUCCCCUCCCUCCCUCCCUCCCUCCCUCCCUCCCUCCCUCCCUCCCUCCCUCUCUCCCUCUCUCCCCCCUCCUCCUCCCCUCCCUCCCUCCCUCCCUCCCUCCCUCCCUCCCUCCCUCCCUCCCUCCCUCCCUCCCUCCCUCCCUCCCUCCCUCCCUCCCUCCCUCCCUCCCUCCUCCCUCCCUCCCUCCCUCCCUCCCCUCCUCCCUCCCCUCCCCUCCCCUCCCUCCCUCCCUCCCUCCCUCCCUCCCUCCCUCCCUCCCUCCCUCCCUCCCUCCCUCCCUCCCUCCCUCCCUCCCUCCCUCCCUCCCUCCCUCCCUCCCCUCCUCCCUCCCUCCCCUCCCCUCCCUCCCUCCCUCCCUCCCUCCCUCCCUCCCUCCCUCCCUCUCUCCCUCUCUCCCCCCCCUCCUCCCUCCCCUCCCUCCCUCCCUCCCUCCCUCCCUCCCUCCCUCCCUCCCUCCCUCCCUCCCUCCCUCCCUCCCUCCCUCCCUCCCUCCCUCCCUCCCUCCCUCCCUCCCCUCCUCCCUCCCCUCCCCUCCCCUCCCUCCCUCCCUCCCUCCCUCCCUCCCUCCCUCCCUCCCUCCCUCCCUCCCUCUCUCCCUCUCUCCCCCCCCUCCUCCCUCCCUCCCUCCCUCCCUCCCUCCCUCCCUCCCUCCCUCCCUCCCUCCCUCCCUCCCUCCCUCCCUUCCUCCCUCCCUCCCUCCUCCCUCCCUCCCCUCCUCCCUCCCCUCCCCUCCCUCCCUCCCUCCCUCCCUCCCUCCCUCCCUCCCUCCCUCCCUCCCUCCUCCCUCCCUCCCUCCCUCCCUCCCUCCCUCCCUCCCUCCCUCCCUCCCCUCCUCCCUCCCCUCCCCUCCCCUCCCUCCCUCCCUCCCUCCCUCCCUCCCUCCCUCCCUCCCUCCCUCCCUCCCUCCCUCCCUCCCUCCCUCUCUCCCUCUCUCCCCCCCCUCCUCCCUCCCUCCCUCCCUCCCUCCCUCCCUCCCUCCCUCCCUCCCUCCCUCCCUCCCUCCCUCCCCUCCUCCCUCCCCUCCCCUCCCCUCCCUCCCUCCCUCCCUCCCUCCCUCCCUCCCUCCCUCCCUCCCUCCCUCCCUCCCUCUCUCCUUUUCAAGUUUUCACCCACCUCACUCCCUUCUCUCCCUUCCUCUCGUUCUCUCGCUCCCUCUCCGUUCCUCAGAUGCUCUUACAAAAUCUUCAGCUAUUCCCCCCACCUUCUCUCUCUUCCCCCCAUCAAUCUCCCUGCAUGCCUCCCCACUGCACCCUUCCUGCUCCCCUUUGGCGUGUGUGUCCGUGUCAAGUCAAGCUCUCAGGUGCCUAUCAGUGAGGCAGCAGGAAGGGCCUGUGCGGUAA